AUGAUUUAUUUUGACUUCUAUCAGGUUGUUGCAAUGUUGAAUGAUCUGUACACAGCAUUUGAUGACAUCAUUGAUCAUUAUGACGUAUACAAGGUUGAAACAAUCGGAGACGCGUACAUGGUAGUAUCGGGUCUGCCGGAGAGGAUAGGCAACCGCCACGCGUCAGAAAUCGCUGUCAUGUCCCUGGAAUUAUUGGCUAAAGUGAAGAAUUUCAGCAUCAGACAUAAGCCUGGACAUCACAUGCAGUUACGCGUUGGAAUUCACUCAGGUCCAGUUGUAGCUGGGGUCGUUGGAUUAAAAAUGCCAAGAUAUUGCUUGUUUGGAGACACAGUGAACACAGCAUCUAGGAUGGAAUCUAGCGGCCUAGGUAGCCUGACAGUGUUUACUAUCACUACUACCACCACCAUGCACUACUAAUACUAGCUGUUACUUCCAAGAUUACCACCACUACUACCGCCACCGCUACUACUACGUAACUGCUAAUGCUACUA